UUACUAAUAUUAAUAUUCAGUCACUGUGACGCUAAACAGAAUCGAGAUACUUUAAGGCAGACGUGGUUGACGUAUUCAAAUAAAAACACCGCGAAUAUACGAUAUAUGUUUCUGUUAGGAGAGGGAAGUGCUAAUCAAAAUAGCAAAUCAAAAAUGGAGGCAGAAAUCCACAGAGACGUUCUCUUAGGAAAUUUUCAGGAUACGUACACAAAUUUAACGUUAAAGACAGUGAUGGGUUUACAAUGGGUGGUUCACAUCUGUAAUCAAACCAAAUUUAUCUUGAAAACUGAUGAUGACGUAUGGGUCAAUGUGCCAAUGUUAUUAAAACGCUUGGAAACUUUUAGAUCCACCACUUUUACUCUUGGUGGCAUGUGUCAACUUGGACGCCCACACCGAGACAUGAAUUCCAAAUACUAUGUUUCUCACAAGGACUAUCCGUCCGACGUUUAUCCUCCAUUUUGUACCGGUACGGGCUAUGUUACUACUCCGAAUGUAGCUGCUAAAAUCAUCAACAUGUCUGCAGUUGUUCCCUAUUUCCAUUUAGAAGAUAUUUAUGUUGCUAUGUGUUUAACUAAGCUCAGGAUC